CUGGCUGUGUUUUGCCCUCUGUUUCUGUUAGCUUAGAAGGCUAAACUUAGUAGAAAAUAUUGCAAAUUAAAAGCAGUGAAUGAAGCUUUAGGCCUAACUGCGUGUAGAAAUGAGUGUCUCACUGACAUUUCACAAGAAAAAUGGGGGUAACAAGGGAUUCAGGGAGCAGAGAGUGUAUGAUUAUCUGUACGAUCCAACUUUCACAGUGUCGAGUGAAAGAGACCACGGCAGGGUGGCCUUCCAGGCCCAGGCCUCCUCAGAUCGGGCGACGAAGGUCCCGGAGUUUAACUCCAUGUUCAGUAAUCUCCUUCACCACCCACGCUUCACGCUGCGGCUGGACGCUGCUGACCGCGUGCCUGGCUUCAUCGACCGCCGAUGGAGAGGUCAUUCAGAGCAGAGGAGAGAAGCUCUGAAGACACUGGCAGGGGUGCUGCCUGGGGUUCAGCUCCAGCAGCCGAAAACUGAGGACGUGGCCGGAGUGGACCGAUGGAAGUAUUUUAAGCGGCCUCUCGUUCCCUUUUCCCAGCAGGUCCCUCCUGAUGUUGUUUUUGCUUUGCCCAAAGCUCACCUCCUGUCUGGCCAGGCUGAGCAGCCCAGCAGUCCUUUCCAGUGCUCAGUGGGGGUGCAGACAGAUUAUCGGGACAGCGAGGCGCAGACAGAGCCCUACAGCCCUGGAUACACACUGCGUCCUGGGACAGCUCCCCCUGAACUCCUCACCUUGGCCACACUAACAUGGGGCCGUGGGCUGCCUGCCGGGCUGGAGGAGGUGGAGAUGAUUGAGAGGGCGAGGAUGAAGCGGGCCUGGGAGGCUACACUGCCCCCGCUGAACGAUCUGACUCAGCUGGAGAAGAGGAAGAGGAUGAUGGACGAGAUGGAGAGAAAGGAGUGGGCUUUCAGGGAGCGGGAGAUCGAGAGGCUGCAGGAGGCUCGUCUGGCUCUGCUGAUGCAGCUCCUGCGACAGAGGGAGGGACAACAGGAGGAGACCACUGCGGAGCGGCUGGACCAGCGCUUUUCCCAGCUACAGAGACAGAAGGAGGCCCGCCUCCAGAAGAUCCACAGUGAUUAUGUCCUGUCUCUCCGAAAGCUCACAGCAAAGAGGAGAAAUGUAGAGGGAAAGCUGGAGCGGCGGGAUGUUGUAAACGACCACUCAGAUUAUGGCUCACAGACGUACGCUCCGCUCUCUCGCCAUGGUGUCUUCCCUGACCGAAACUCUGAGCGCCACGUGGUCAAGAACCGCUUCCUCGACACCUACCAAGGUUUGCUGGAGCUUGAGGCAGGUCUCCCAGCAUCCGUCUUGGAGCCGAGAAUCAGAGCACCUAAACGCGCAGAGAGCAAGGGCUUCAUCAAGCGCUCAGCCCGCAGGGAGAUGGAGCUGAUGAGGACUUAUCAGGCUUUGAAAGACGAGAAGAUCCGGGUGGAAGAGAAGAAGCCUUUACGCUUCCCUUAUAAAAAGGAAAAACCGGUUCCUCGCCCCCCAACGCCCGUCGUUGACGUGCCUCCCGAGGGGGAGGAGGAGAGAGACCUUGCUGUGAUUUACCUGCAGAAGCUGCUCCGGGGCAGAUCCAUUCAGAACCAGAUCCUGGAGGGGAAGGAGAAGCGGUUGGAGCUGAUAGAGGAGGUGCGCACCACCCACGCUCUGCAGCGGCAAGAGCAGGAGCUGCACAGAGCGGACAAACAGGUCACACAGGCCCUGCAGCGCCAGCAAGAACUCCACAGCAGCAGGAUGUCUCAGAUAGAGGGCUCUGUGGCCGGACUUUCGGGUGCAGUGAUGGUGGACAUGCUGGACUUUCUGGCUAAGGAGCUGGUUCGUCUGCAGGAGGAAAGGCGGAUCCACGCCUUCACGCUAUUGGCUGAGAGAGACCGCCGUCUUCGUGAGGCGGAGGAGAGUGGGCGGAGACAGGUGGAGGAAAGGAGACGGAGAGAGGAGGAUGAAAUCUUUAAACAGGUAGUGAAGGUGCACCAGGCCACGGUGGAUCUCUAUCUGGAGGAUGUGAUCUUGGGCACCAUUGAGCGGACAGCCGAGUCUCAGGCCAGAGAAGAGGUCCACCGCAUGGCCGAGGAGCUCAACAACAUUACCUAUGCCAUGGAGGAGACGAGGAGCAAUGCGCAGUCAGAGGAGAUUGUGGCGGAGCUUGUCUACAGCUUCCUCAUUCCUGAGGUGCACAAGAUCACUGUCAGAGAGAGAGUCAGGCAGAGUCAGAGAAAGCACUUGAGUGCAGCCCGUUCCUUCGUCCACAGCGCUGACGGCUCCUCCACAGGCAGUCUGACCCCGGGCCCCCGGCCCCUCUCCCCCUCAGCCAGGGCCUCCACUGCCCUGCUAUCUCAGAUACUCAACCAGGUCGAAGAGACAGUGACCACUACUCCAGCAGAAGCCCCACAGUCCAGCAGUGACCACCAUCAGGAAGCCGAACCCACUGAUUAAGGAAGGAUGAGGCGAUCCUGAAGAGAGACGUGACAUGCAGCCAUGCAGCGGAGAGCGAAUAUAAAAGCAGCAUUGUCCAAAGAUGCAAACUAAAGGUCACCCAAUAAAGCA